CGCACACUCUGUGUCUAUAGGCUAGGGCUGGGUCAAAAUAAAAGAAAGGGGCGAAGGGUUUGAAUUUGAAGGUCCGGGGAUGCUCUUCUUCCUCUAACUCUACCGAUAGACACACACACCAGUUCUUACACACUCUCGUAUCGGCGGCGCUGGUGGUGUUAGAGAGAGGAAGAUAUGCUGGAGAAGCCUGCCGGCGAUUCAUCCAAUGUCAAGCGUUAUGCUCCUCCUAAUCAAAGGAACCGUUUAGGGAGGCGAAAAUCUGCCGGAGGAGAAAAACUAGAGCGUGCCAGCAGUUAUGGAAGUGAAGGAGACAAGGCUCAGGUUGCUGCAUCAAGGAACUUUCCUGCUGCAGACCGCAAGGAUGCAAGCAGCAGCAUGCUUGUGAAUGAAAAUGCUCCUGCGAGAUUAAUAUCUUUACAUGGAUGUUGUGAAAGUGAAGCUUUUCAGCUUUUAAAUGACCGUUGGGCAGCUGCUAUGGAUGCAUACAACAGUCCAUCAAUAGAUGUAGGCGAAAGGCCAAUAAUGUAUUCUGGAAACGGUGCAUCAGCAUGGGGUCAUUUCAGACUUCCUCACCAGAUGGACUUCUUAAACGAACUCAAGCGUGCAAUGUGGAAGGCAAAUGGCAGUUCUAAUACCUAACUAGCUGACAAUCAUGAGUCGGGGGGUGCACUCGAAGUAUCUGUUUGUUGUAACUCGUAGUAUUAAAACAGCUUGACUGAAGGAUAUGUUGCAUCUUUCAUAUUCCCAAUAUGAUGAGAACACACAAGUGUUAUGUUGUGUAUCAAAAAUAUAUAAUACUUUUUGUCAUUUGUUUA